UAACAUAACCUUAAAUUAUUGUUUUGAACUUGCAUUUCUAUAUUUCGCUAUUAUUUGCAUGCAAACACAGCUGAUAUCGGCAGUAAAACUUUCUAGAAUACCCAAUUAUUGACUAGUAUUGUCCUACAAUGGCUUCAAAAGAAGGCGGCGGUGAUAAGGCAAAGGGUCCUCAAGGAGCAGGAGAUGGAAAAGAAAAGCGAAGAAAAGAGUCUAUUCUUGACCUGAGUAAAUAUUUGGAGAAGAGUAUACGAGUUAAGUUCGCCGGAGGGCGCGAGGCCGCCGGCAUUUUGAAAGGUUACGAUCCUCUGCUAAACUUGGUGCUCGACAACACCACCGAAUUUCUUAGAGAUCCUGAUGACCCAUACAAACUGCUAGAUGAUACCAGAGCAUUAGGACUGGUAGUCUGCCGAGGAACAUCAGUGGUGUUGAUCUGUCCCAUGGACGGAAUGGAGGCCAUUCCAAACCCCUUCAUCACCCAAGAAGGAUAGUCUGUGUAAUGUAUCAUUUAUAUUUUUAAGUCUACAUUAAAUAAUUUAAGGACCA